CAAACAAAGAAGGCUGGAGAUUUUCGAACAGCUGCUGAAGCCUCGUCAGCAGCACCAGGACUGUGCAGAGUUGGGGAGAAGGGCGGCGUAAGUUUGGAGCGUUGCUGCUUCUGCUGCUGCUUAGUCCAGGCUAUGCAAAACCGAAGCGAAGCACUUGGGGUUGGAGAAGUGCAGAAAAGAGCAUUUGAGUUGGCGGAGCGGCGUUUCUCCUCUUAUCAGCAGCGCGAUCCCUUAUGAAGCAGCCGGAACAGUUUUGAACAGAAGGAGGCUAUGAAGAUUGCAACUUUACACCGACCAAUUUAGAGGAUGAGAUCCGCGCGGGAAUAACAUAUGGUUAAGCGUGCAGAGGAUAGCUUUGCACACCUGGGUGGCAUGGAGAUCGCCUCUUCGGUCAAGAUUUUGUGAAGGACGCUUUGUAUUUUAGCAGACGAAGUUCUCCUACAGAAACAGAAAAUUGCAAGAAAUCAGAGAGGGAUUUUCCCAGCAUGGCUUCUCUUCUUGUGUGGGCAUUGAGUGGACAGGGUUAGACUGAUGCUGUUAACUCCUGCCCAAAGGGUUAUUGGAGUCAUCCUUUGCUACAGAAAAAGGAUAUAUAUAUUUUAACUUCCUGCCCAUCUUCUAAAGAGGAGAUAUAAAUCCAAAAAUACACAAGUGUUUGUUCCAUGGAAAAGGCCAUUGGCCAGCUCAGGAGCUGGUGAUCUCUGCUGGAUUUCAGAAUGGAUUUUACCUUUGCAGUGGCUUUCUAUAGGACGGUGCAACAGUGAUCGUGACCAUUUGACCUUGGAAGGAACACUGAUUGUUUUCCCAGCUCCAUUUUGCCUGUUUGACUUGCUAAUCUAGCAGCAUCCACAUCAAGGUCUCUGUUGGCUGUUAGCGCACCCUAGCUUGAAAACGGCGUAUUCUUCUGGAAUGUAGCCACUGUCUAUUUCACUAAAGGAAGAGGCCAAAGUCCUUGGCCCCACCAUGGGUCGCUUAGACGACCAUGCCAAGAAACGGAUUGUGGAGCUGCGCAAAGCCGGCUUGAGUUUCCGCAAGAUCAAAAAGGUGCUGGAGCUGGACAACAUCCGGGUCACCCCGCAAGCCAUCUACCUGUUCCUUAAGCGCAAGAACGUUGAGCCCAGCCAGCCCCCGCCUGUCUCUUUUCUGCAACCUGCUCUCGAGAAUGGAAGCAGGAAGACUCUUGCGGACCAAGCUGGCUGGGAGGACAACCAGCUCUGGAAGUUACUCCAGGAAAACGAGACUGAGCACCAUGGGCAGAGAGAGGCUGCUGGCUCUGUGGCAGGAGUUGGCCCAAGCUAUGAGGUGCCACCUUGUAACGGCCAUUGUGACGGCGAGGAGCACAUCAAAAUAAUUAGCGUGACUUCCUUGAGCAAGGAUGGAGGGCAGUUUGGGAAGCAGAGGGCCUCCCAUGAGGGCCUCUCCAGUGGAUCUCAACUGAGCCAGAAUAUGGGUGACAACUGCCCAGGGCCAAAACCUUCUGUGUCGCCCAGCUGCUUGACUCCAUUUGCACCUGCAGUUCCUCAGCAUAAUCUGAAUGGCAAAGGGAAGGCCUUUCUGCCACCUGCCCGGAAUCCUGCCUUGAUUGUGAAGAGGAAGAUCGUAGGCCGUGCCAUCCAUCUCCAUAAAAAGGCAAAUGUACAGAACGGGCAGAAUUCAUCUGGUUCUACACCCGGUUUGCCCUUCAUGGUGAGGGUGCAGCCAACUGGCCAUCCUUCCAGGGAGACAACUCCUGUCCCGAUAGCAUCUUCUGGCUGCUCUGCACAUACUAAAGAUGCCAGUACUCAGACUUGUACAUUUAACCCCACCUACCCUCCAGUUCAUCAGAAUGCUCAGUGGGGAGCUCAGAUGACUACCUCCUUGGUCCCUGCUGCCAACUCUCAGCCACUUGCAGAGAAACUGGAUACAGUGCACACUGAGGUCCAGAAGCUUGCGCAGGCUGUGCAUAUGGUGCUGGAGCGCCAGUGCCGACUGGAGCGCCAACAGGAGCAGCAGCAGCGCUUCCAACAGGAGCUUCUCAUCACACUGCAGCAGCUCAGCUCCACUGUUGGCCACGGGGCAGUCCCUGCCCAUGCCCCCUGUACUCCUUACAGCGUGGCUGACCCCUCGCCACCCUUGCCAAGCUUCAGCCAGUUCAAGAUGGAGCUUAUCUGACCAAGGACUAUGGGGAUGGCAGUGGGGGUAAAGAUUGAGCUGUUUUAUGUUCUAAGUGUAUGUCUUUUGCACCUGGCUCCAGUUAGUAGAUCUGCAGGUUCUAGUAAAACACACACACUAAAUCCUGCAAGUCAAGCUCCUAUGGCAGGGGCGGUUGCAAAGUAAAUGGGGUUAGAACAGCCUUUGCAUACCUGGUGCCCUCCAGGUGUUUAGGACAAUCAGUCACAGCCAGCAUAGGGCAUCAUGCUGGCAAAGGCUGAGGAUGAGCUAUGUCCCAAUUCUUUGUGAGAUAUGAGAUACCUCGCACAGGAUUGGUUGGGGAGUACCUUGUUCCUUAUGACCUGUAUCAAGGCCCUGUGCAACCGUGUUCAGAAUAAAAUUUUCUAUUUACACA